GCUGAUGGCUCGCGCGGGGGCCGAGACCCUCGACAUCUCCGAGAGCCAGGUGUGCAUCGCGUUCGACGACGACCCGAAUUUCCGAUGGCACCACAGGGUCUUAUUGGUUCCCUCGCCUACGCCGGGGCACUGGGUCGCCGCCACGCCCGACGCCGAGAUCUACCUCCUGAAGCUGGACGAGUACCUGGUGGUCGCCCUUCCUCGGGCGGCCGCUUUCCCCCAGCGUGUUCGAGGCCAGGUCUACGCGUUCGGAGCCCUCUCGGACGCCGACCUCUCCAACCUCCGUCGCGAUGGCCGCAACUUCGCGAAGGUGCUGGGCUUCCCUCUCCCCGCGGUGCAAGCGGGGGUCGACGUCCCCAGGUGGAUCGUCUCCGACCCUGCGAGCGACCACUUCGGGGAGGAGGUGAGCCUGGAGCUGAUCACCUCGGCGGAGCGCUUCAUCAGCCGCGACGCCGUCGCGCUGGUGAUGUUGUCGGAGGCCGAGGGCUGGGUCGCCGCCGAGAACGUCCAGCCCGCCGACGAGCCCGACUGGAAGGCGGAGAAGAGGGCUGGUCCUGGCAGGGACCGCCGUGUGCUGCCGCAGACGGGCGUCUCAGCGCACACCGUCUCCCUGGCGCAGCUGGUGGCCCUGCUGAAGAGCGUGGAGGUCGACGACUGGCCCUUCGAGGGCCCCAAGGCCCUGGUCGAGUUUCUGGCGGCCGUGGUCUCUUCUGGGCACUCGCUCUCGUCCUACUGGGGCUUCUGGGUGGCCCAGUCGGGCGUCGCGCGUGGCAGUGCUGUGGCCCAGGAGCUGAAGAACAUCGUCGAGGUCCUGCACCAUGCCCUGGUCUUCGACGCGCUGGACGUCUCGAACCUCGCCUCGUUCGAGCUCCUGAGCCGCCGGGGCCUCCAGAUCCAGAGGGCGGUCAAGCGGUGCCCUCGCCACCCCUCUUUCGAGGGCCUGGAGCUGAUGGUUUCGAGUCGACUCGACGACUCGGGCGGGGCGGUCACCGCCAAGUUCGACGCCUGGGUCGCCGACCAGCAGAAGGCGAGGAGCACCGUGCUCAAGCAGGAGAGGAUGUACAGGGAGGAGGCCGACCACGAGGACAAGAAGUACCGCACCGAGCAGAGGGACGAGGCAAGGACUGGGAGCGCCGACAUCGCUCAAGAGUCGGCGCUCAGGCGCAUCCGCCGUCGGAUUGGUGCCUUCGGAGAUCGGCCCGCUGACAUGGAUGGCGCUGGAGCCCUACAGGAGCUCCUCAAGACCAGGGACGUCUACGGCGGCCUCGACGCGUCCACCACUGUGGUCGAUUUUGAUCCGAGCCGCCUCAACAUCCUACGUAAGGAACAUUUUUCAACGCCACUCGACGACGUGGCCCCCCAGAGCGUCAGGGAUGUGAUGGCCAACUUCGACUCGGCCGUCGUCCGCCCGCUCUCCGAGCUCACCGAGGACGAGCCGCUGGUGCAGCCCUACUGGGACCCUCAGCUUGACCCUCGCCGGCGCGGCACUCGCCCUGCGCUCGUGGCCUUUCUUCGCGCUCUGGCCCUUCGGGGGCUCGCGGGUGCUCGGGCCCGUCGGAAGUCGUGCAUCUCCGCGUUCUUCGUGCGAAAGAAGAACGGGGAUCAGAGGAUGGUGCUGGACGCUCGGCAGGCUAAUCAACUGCAGCGACUCCCGCCCAAGACCGCGCUGGCCUCGGGAGAGGCACUCGCGGCCAUCAACCUCGUGGACGCCACCGACCUCGGCCCCGACAACCUCGACAUCGUGAUCAACGGGGGCGACCUGGUGGCCGGCUCGGUGGACCUGCAGGACGGCUUCUACCAGUUCCGCCACCCGGCCUGGGGCUCCUGGAUGUGCUUCGACAUCGAGGUGUCCGCUGGCGAGCUGGGGUUGACUCAGCUGUACGACGAGGACCUCGGCCGCUACGUCGACAUCAGCCCAGACUCUCGGGUCUGGCCCUGUUUCGAGGCCCUUCCCAUGGGUUGGUCCUGGGCCUUGUGGAUCUGCCAGGAGGUCCUGAUCGACACCAUGAGUGCCGUCUUCGGGGAGAAGGACUCCUGGUGCCUGGACAAGGGCAAGCCGCCCUCCCUGCUGAACGGGGGGGUCGCCCACGCGCCCUACGUCGACAACGCGAACCUCAUCUCCCUGGACGCGGCCCAGCUCGACCAGCGCCUCGGCGCCGUGACGGACGAGCUGGACAAGAGGGGGCUGCGCUGGCACGAGCUGCAGCAUGCCACCUUGUCUCAGGGUAUCCUCGGUCUCGAGUUCGACGGGCGUCACGGGCGCCUUCGCCACACCUCUCGGCGGGCAUGGCGCCUGUAUCUUGGUUUACACGAGGUUCUACGCAGGCCGUGGCUGGCCCGCUGGCAGGUCAGGAGGUUGUUGGGACACGUCGUGCACUACUUCAGCAUCAUGCGACCUGCCCUCAGUGUACUGGGCGAGUGCUACGCCUACCUCGAGUCUGGUCCGAUGGAGGGCGUCUCGCGUUUGCCGCCCGGCGUGGUGACGGAGCUUCGCUGCGCCGCUGGCCUCGUUUUUCUUGGCCAGGUGGGCCUGCGCCGACCCCCUGCGUCAGUGUCUUUCACCACGGACAGCUCAAUGCUGGGCUACGCCGUCUGCGAGGCCGAGCUCUUGGGGCACGAGGUCCUUGGCGUGUCGCGGUGGCGCGAGAGGCAACGCUUCAAGGAGGUCGAGGUCUCGGGCGACCCCGACAGGGAGGCCUACCUGGGCCGCGCUGCGGGGCUGGACGACGUCUCCGACCUGCACUACGACGAGCUCGGCGACGCAGGCGCGGGCCGGCCCCGCCGACAGGCGCGAGCCCGCCGCCGCCGGCAGGAGAUGGAGGUGGGCCACCCCCCGCCCCCGCUGCCGCCCGAGCUGGUCGACCCGCAGCGGUGGGCCGAGGCCUUCCGUGGCGCCUGGCGCCAUCCAGGUCGGAUCCACAGCCUGGAGGCGCGGGCCUCGGUGAUCGGUCUGGGGGCUGCCGCCCGGCAGGCCAACUGCCAUGGGACCGAGCUCCUGAGCCUCUCUGACAACCUCUCCAGCGUGCUGUCCUUCGAGAAGGGCCGAGCCAGCAACCGAGAGCUCCUCGCCCAAUGUCGUCGUGCUGGCGCCCUGCAGCUGGGUGCCGAGAUCACCUGGCGAGUGCGACACGUUCCAGGAUGUGUGAACGUGGCCGACUGGGGGAGCCGGGCCGCCGACCGCCGCGAGCUCCUGCCUGGCUGGAUCCGCGGUGCCGGCUUCAGGGCCUGCGUGCCGGCCCCCAGCAGGUGCGCGCCCGUCCUGAGGCCCAGCGGCAGCUUGCCCGGUCCCGGGCCUGACGUGCCCGGGCCCUGCCCCGUCGCCAGCGUCGCCUUCGCGACUCGGCCGACCUCGAGCCGCGUCUCCGAGCCGCCAGGGCUCGGGGAGAAACCUAUUGGUUGCACUGGACAGUGGAGCGAG